CAUGUCUCCCUCAACAGGGAGAGCGCGGGCAAAAAACGACGACUCACAGCGAAAAAUUCCAGGUGAACGCGAGAUUCCGUGACUCAGUUUUUGUUUGGCUCUCCUUCGUCGAACAGUUUGGUGACUUUUUAAUUUCGCACAAGGCUUUUCUGUAUCUCUAACGAAUUUUGUGAAAACCGCUCUUAUUUAUACUAAAAACAUGGAAAUUGAGCGAAUGAUUUCUGAAGAGAAUCGUGGAAACCAAGGUUUCAAAAGUAAUUCCCUCGUACAAGGAAUUCUGGAUGAAAGUUUAAAUGAUGAAUCGAAUCAAAGCUUCAACCCAAUCUUAUCCAGAUUGCAACUGAUUUCCAACAGCAGCAAUAUCUCUAUACUGACUGAAAAUUUGAUUCUUACCUCUGCCACAUGCGUCAUUCCUCAAGUUAUCGAAGCUCUGGAUGUCAGCUGUAUUAUCUGUGCAGCCCCCGAAUUACCUUACAGCCCAUUGAGUAAUGCUGUAGCAUACCAUAAAGUGAAUGUAAGGGAUUCUUGUGAUGCGGCUAUAUCGACAUAUUUUGAUGAAGUAGCUGAUAUAAUUGACCAAGAAACAUCGCUAGGUGGCAGAGUACUUGUCUUUUGUGUGGCUGGUGUUAGCAGAUCGGCGACACUUUGUCUGGCAUACUUAAUGAAAUAUCACCAAUUAACACUUCAGGAAGCAUACAAUCAUGUCAAAAAAAUUAGACCAAGGAUUCAUCCUAACUGCGGAUUUUUCCAGCAACUUAUCGAAUACGAGCAAGCCCUAUUUAACACCACUUCCGUUAAAAUGGUUUUUAACGAGUUCCUACAAACUACGAUUCCUGAAGUAUACGAUGAUGAGUAUAAACAAAUCAGAAUGUUUAGCAGAAAACGUAGGGAUAGGCAAGAUCGACACAAAUAAGUUUAUAUUUCAACAAUUUUUGUCAAUAUAUUAUUUAUAUUUUUCAAACAGCAAUGAUAUUGUGUUAGCCAAUAAUGUAAAUUGGUUGUCUAUUAAAAUCAAGAACUAUAAAAUGCUGUAUAUCGAAAGAAUUUGAAGCUUUUCAAAGAAUAGAAAAAUAUCAAUAGAAGUCAGUGUGACUAAAGGUAAUACAGGGUGACUCUUUAAAAAAUAUUUUUAGGGCUCGGUAAAAGAAGCAAAUUUCCUCUUUAUUGUUUUUCAAAUAAGUACAAAAUAGCUGAGUUCUUCAAGUUUGUAAAUUAAAAAAAAUAUUUAUUUUUAAAACAUUUUGAGAGUCACCGGAUUUUUUUCUGUAUCUGCAUCUCUUUUAGUGCUGUAAUAAUAGAAUAAAGCCGUAACCAUGGAAACACGUUGAUCAGAGAUUAAGAAAUUAUACCGUGGGAACAUUUGCGGUAAACAGGCUGUUCUAAAAAGCUUUCUAAAAUAUACAGGAAACUUUAAAAGGAAGUGCACGGAUUUUCAACAUCGUUUUUUGCGAAAUAAAAGCUUAUAGACGUGUUCUUUUGGGUCGAAAUAUACCACCUCUAAA